AAAGCAAAGACUCCCUCAUGACUAAUUCUUCUCAUAGCAAAACAAAAAUUCAAAAUCAUAAAACUCUAAAAUUUUAAUUUUAAAUUCUCUUCUUCUUCUUCUUCUUUUUCUUCUUCAAUGGCGACGGGAAAAAGCUACUACGCUCGGCCUAGCUACCGUUUCCUCGACACCAAUCAGUCGUACUUCGCCGCCACCGAUUCAGGACUCGAGUUCGACGAAUCCGAUCUUUACGCUUCUUCCGGUUCCGUCCACUCCGAUUCGCCUGAUUUUCGCCGGAAAAUCUCUGCAUCAGGCAGAUCCGCGAAAAAACCGUCAAAUCGGCCCUCCGCUUCCUCCACGGUAGCGGCGUCGUCGCUCCCGAUCAACGUCCCGGACUGGUCGAAGAUUCUCCGGGAGGAGCACCGCGAUAAUCGCCGUAGAGGCAUCGAGGAUGACGACGGCGAUUACGAAGACGGUGGUGAUUGGUUGGACGCAAGCGGCGGAAGGUUACCGCCGCACGAGUUUCUGGCGAGGACGAGAAUGGCGUCGUUCUCGGUUCAUGAAGGAGUUGGGAGGACUUUGAAAGGAAGAGAUCUGAGUAGGGUCAGAAAUGCAAUUUUUGAGAAAAUUGGGUUCCAGGAUUAAUAUUUGGAAAGUUUUCGAUGUUCCCCUUAUUUUUGGUUUCGAUCAUUUUCUAAAGUUAACUGUCAGAGAGAGAGAGAGCAUAUAAUAUUUCUAGGAAUGCCCUCGAUGUAUCGUCUAUUUCGAGAAUCUUACCCAUGUAAUUUUGUUAACUUUGAGACUGGAUUAUCACAUUUUGCGUAUGAGCGUAUGUGUAUCGAUUAUUUAUGUAAUAGAUUAUGUCUCUCGAAAGUGUUUUU